GUGAGGUACUGCAUCCCCGCUUCCUGUGGUGUCAGUAAUGAGAAAAACAGAGUCCCAGUUACUUCCAGAUGUGGGAGCUGAUGUCACUUGUAAGGUCUCUAGCAUCAACUCACAUUUUGCCAAAGUACACAUCCUGUAUGUGGGAUCCACACCGCUCAAGAAUGCUUUCCGAGGAACCAUCCGCAAGGAAGAUAUCCGGGCAACUGAAAAAGACAAGGUAGAAAUUUACAAGAGCUUCCAGCCAGGUGACAUAGUUUUGGCCAAAGUUAUCUCCCUAGGUGACACACAGUCCAAUUACCUGCUGACUACUGCUGAGAAUGAGUUAGGAGUUGUGGUGGCCCACAGUGAGUCGGGUGUCCAAAUGGUUCCCAUCAGCUGGUGUGAGAUGCAGUGCCCCAAAACCCACACUAAAGAAUUCCGAAAAGUAGCCAGAGUACAGCCCGAGUUCUUACAAACCUAAGCUUACUUUACCCCAAAGAGGAAUUCAACUGUUGCUAAAAGUACAUGUGUGGGAAAAAAA